AUGCAAGAUUGUUCCUCGGCAACAAGAAACAAUCGCGGUGUCGCCAUUAUAGUCUUGGCAGCUGGCACCUUCUUUGUCGGCGGCGUCUUUCUUGUGGACACUGUCCCCAUUGGUUCUGUGGGAGUCAAAAAGUACAAUGGCGGAACGAGAAACUCCUCUUCCACAGCUACAGCUGAUCCAAUGCACCUUCAAGUGCUCCAACCUGGUUGGCAUCUGCGCGACCGCCUCGGAGCCAACCCCCCGAGCCAAUGGUCCACAAGGCGCCAACAUGCAACGUUUCGAACUAGAGUGAUGGAUGGACAAGGGCACAAGGUGUUUGUCACGGUGCUGGUGCAGUACCAGCUGACAGAUCCAAAAGCCUUUAUCCAGCAACAACAGCAGUUCCAAAAUCAAAACGAUGAAAAAGACCAAGACCAACAUCAGCAACGAAACUACAUGUAUCCAAAAAGUAGUGUCAAGGCCAACAAGAAUAACCAAAUCCUCCAAUCUCUGGUGGUCCAACAAGCCAAGGCAGAUUUGGCCAAAGUGUUUGGACGGGAUCAAACCAUCAAGCUCCUCUACACACGCAAAGAAACAAUGUUGGAUUUGGGAAAGGCUCUGACUCAACUACUCAACAAGAACAAGGACCUGUCAGGCAUUCGGACUCUUCAAACCACCAUUCUAGAUGUGGAACUGUCCUACAAAGUAGACCGGGAAAUGAAAAAGUUGAAUCAAAUUGUGGCUAGUCGCAACUACGAGAUUAAAAAGUGGAAGGAGCAUGUUCAACAAAUUCAGGACAAGAGUGAGGAACAGUUGAAACGAAUUGCCGCAGAGACCAUGAAUGGGUCAAAAACGGCAACCCCACACAGGAACCACAACAACAGCAACACUCGGCCUGACAAUGGUGGAAGUAGGGAUGGUCGCGACUGA